GUCACACCUCUGAUCAAUGAAUCUGAACACAUGGUAUAAUAAUAUUGUGUCUUUGUUUAUUGAAUAAGUCGAUUUACAAAACUUUUCUAAGGAAACCUAGCUGACGAUGUUCGCCACGUCAAUGAUACGGACACGUUGCAACAAUGACGAAGAAAUUUUUUUUACGUAGCCUUCAUACUUAAUAACAAACCUAGUAUUUCAUUACAAUUGUCCAGCAAUGCCUACCAGAACUGGUACUGAGAUAAUUCUAUGUAUCCUCACAACUCAGAUUAUUGUCUGCUUAAUUCAUGGAAUCAAAGGAAAUGCAAUAGAAGCAGAAAAGUGUGACAUCAGUAAAUGGUAUACCAAAAUGUCUUCUGAAGGAUUGUUUGAUAGCUCAAUGAAUACCCAGCAGCAAAAAUUACACAACACAAUUCAGAAACUAGUUGUCCACGGUAAAAAUAAACGUAACGUAAAACUUGUCGACUGUAAAAUCUUAGAAAUGUACGAAAAUGAAAUGAAGAAAGGGAAAGUCAAAGCUACCAAUUCAAAAUCUACAACAGAAACUUUAAAGGCAGCUGACAAUUUAACAAUUAUAAAAAGCACAGAAAAUACUCUAUCACAUAAGAAUGACAUAACCAAGAUAGAGAAUCCACGAAAUGAGAACAUUGCAGAACUCGAAUCUCAGGAGGAAGCAGCCGAAAGAAUAUUCAGGGAAAGAGACAGAGAAAGCGAAGUGUUUGCAGACGAUAGUGAGAUUGAUGAAACAGAACUAGAUGAAAUAAUAGAUGAAAGUAACAGUGAUGGGGAAUUUGAUGACUCAGAAAAGCACAACGAUAACCAAGCACAUAAGUCCUGGUUAGAUGACAAGAAUCAAAAUUCAUUGGUGCAGAAAGAAAUUCUCAGUCAAGAGCAAAACACGCAUGACUUUGAAACAAUCGAGACAGAAUCAAAUGGAACAAGUAACUCAAAAGAAAUUUUACAAGAAAGAAAUGCUAAAGACAUAUUUAAGUAUAUGGAAACCGGAGGAAAGACAUGUCGAAGGUAUACAUGGAAAUUACAAAAAUACAUGAUUUUGAAAAUAUCCCCAAAAGAAAAAGUGGAUUCAACAACCAAGGAAAUUUUUGGAUACAAUUGUAAAAUAUCAUAUGCACUCUCGCCCUCGUACUGCUUACUACAAGUAAAAAACACAGCAAUGUUUAAUAUGACACAACAUAUGUCAGACAAGCUGGAGAAAGGUACAGCUUCCUUAACAGAUAAUUUGCUUACUCCAAAUAAUCUAGGCAGUAUAAAUAAAAACACCAAUAAAAUCUUUGAAGCAGGAAAGGAGAUGGAAAAUUUAGUCGAUCCCAAUGAAUUUUCUGAAGAGCAGGAAGGAAUGCUAAUAGAUGGAAAAUUUAACGAGGAAAUUGACGACAUUUCUUACACUGCUUAUUCUGAAGAUAUGCUCAUGUCUUAUAACAAUAAAGAUUUACCAAAUGAUGCUGUACAAAGAUCUUCGAAUGAAGAAAACAACAAUGAAUAUAAAUCGCAGCAAACGUUUGACAGAAAGGUUUUGGAAGACAUGUUGUCUUUGAAAACGGAAGAGUAUACAAAGAAAAUAAAUGUUCUGGAAUUAAAUAUAAUAAAGCUUGAAAAUCAGAUGUUAAUGGAAAAACUGAACAAAGAAAAUCAUUCCAGUACCAUAGCGAGACUAGAGAAUAGCAUUCUUAGGUUAGAGAACGAGCUGUUAAGAAUGAAACAAAGCUUCCAUCAUAUGAAAAUUGAAAAUGACGAAAUGAAGAGAACUCAACGAAAAUACUUAGAACUAGGACACAGUUCUGAAAGUUACUCUUUACAAAAGCUUAAUCACGACCAACUUCUGUCAGAACAACAGCAAACAAUUAUGAAACUGUCAGAGAAGUUACAAAACCAAUCAAACUUGAUAGAUAAUUUAAAGAAUCGGUCCGAGGGUCUUGAUGACCAAAACAGAAUAUUGUAUGCAAUGGUCAUGAACCAAACUGUAUUGAUGUCACAAAUUAUGGCAAAAGUACAAUCUCUUACUGAACAAACUCUACAACAACGUGAAACAGCAGAGAAAAUGAAGCAAAAGUUAGAAAGUGGUUUAGAAGACGUCAGAGAAUUAAAAAAUAGCCAGGCAAAUCAGGGACUGGUUGAUCCAGCCACAAACUCAAAGGAAUCAUAUCUUGAUGAUCUCUCAAACCAACUGCUACAGCAACUAGACGAUCUAGUGUCAGAUAAAAAACUAGAAAGUGGUGAAAUAAUUGAACAAUCGUCUUUUGUUGGACAACUAAAAGACCAAGACGAUGAAAUCGAUGAACAGUUAAAGGAGUAUUUACAUUACACCUCAAUCACAUCAUCUGUCAAACUUCAGGAAUGGUGUGACUCUAGUGCACAUUGUUUUAAGGGCUUUAUUAUUAUAUCCGAGUGUGCACCGUACUCACCUUUUAUUUUUGCUAAUUGUGAAUCAGAAAGCCUGAUGUCAUACUCUGAAUCUGACAAUGAACCAGAAAGUUUAGAAAUCAUUCCAAGAAGUGAAGAAAAGGAAUCAAACAAAACAAAAGAUUCUGAAACCUCAAAAAACGUACAGCCGCCUGAUCCUGAUGAUAGGACGAGUGUUCAAAAGGAAGACAAAAAUAUCCUCCAUGUUGAUCGAUACAAUGAAACCAGUGAAGAGGAGGUUUUAAAGGCUAUGGAAAAGACCAUCGAAGAACUUGAACUUAAACAAUCUUUAACAACAAAAAAUGUGCAAAACGAGGAAAUGUAUAUACGACUGCGUGGCUCAGUGGUCAUAGCGGCGGUGUUAAAGCCCCCAGGUAUUUGUCGCGAGUGUUCGAAUCACGCUUUUUUUUGA